UUAGAGGCCCUAUAUAGGCUAUAGCGUCUCUUGCUCUCCAGCUUUAAUGGCGUGAGAGAGCGUACAGGGUGGUAUAUCUACGGUCCCAUAUGGUAAUAACCGUAUCUAAUAAUCCCUUCAAUCUUUGCAUGCUUCACCAACUCCUCACAAAAGAAAAACCCAAAACCCAAAUGACAUGAAUUUUGUUGGAAUGAAAUGUAAUUGAAAUUUCUCUUCCAUCGUCAAAAAAAAAAAAAAAAACCAAAAAAGAGAAAAAAAAAACCAUUACCCAGAUGAUAGAAAGUGGUAAUCUCUUCUGGGUAUUUGUUAUUUAGUCAGUUUGAAUCGAUAUCUGAUGUGGGUUUUCUGAUUCUGGAGAUUGGGAUUUGUUUGGCUCGUGGUCUCUAUCUGUUUGGUGCGGAGUUUUAUGUGUGUUGUUGUUGUUGUUCUUGUUUGAUUUUUUUGGAAGAGUUUUGAGAUUGGAGAGAAGAUGAAGAAUGAUAAGGAGCUUGAAAUGUUGUUGGAUGAGAUCCCUCAUGCAACAUCACACAAUAUACAUAAUCAUCACCAUCAUCCUCAUCAUCCUCAUCUGCAUCAACAACAUAAUCAUACUCAUCUUGUUGGUCAUGGCUUGAAUGGUAUGUAUGUUGAUGAUCCUUCAUGUCAUUAUAAUAAUAAUAAUAAGUAUACAUGUGCCUCCUCUCCUGUGAGUAUGCUGUCUUUGCAUUCAAAUGGCUCUUCAUCAACAUUGUGCUCAGGUGGGAAUUCUUUCUCUGACAAUGGAUCACCUACCACACCUCCAUCGGAAGAGCUUAAACCCCACAUGCCCUGUGGAAAUUCUCAUUACCCAGAUGGAUUAUGGUUGGAUUCCAAAAUACCCGUUUCAUCUGUUAGGAAUAAAACCAAUGAGAGUUUGAUUGAUGAACUGAGUCUGUGUAGGAAUCUUAGUAAUGUGUAUAUUAGCAAUGGGAAAGAGGAUUUUUCUAAUUUGAGAGAUUCCUCGGUAGACCGGGAUAGGCUUCUGUAUCGUGAUUGUUCUUUCAGUGGGAGUAAUCAAACCACUAUUGACAAACAUGGGGACUAUGACAAUGUCAGGAGAGGAUUUUCUGAUUACAUGAGAUUUCAAUCCCCUGUUCCAUCAAAUGCUAUGAGUUUUGAUGGUCAGAUGAGUCCAGCAUUGUCAGGAUUGCAGCAAGAACAUAACUUGGGCAGUUUAUUGGGGUCAAGGGUGUCCCCCAGAGAGGCUGAUAACUUUUUCCCUCAGUUUAAUCACUGCAAUAGCUCAAUGAAUUUUCCAUGGCAGAAUACAAAGGAGCAGAUGGAUAACUAUUACCUUGGAGGAAGUCCUGUAUCCAAUUUCACCACUUCUUUGAGUGGUCUUCCAAUGGCUGAGUCUCUAUUCUAUGCUCAGCAAGACGGAAUGAAUUUGAAUGAAGCAAGAGGUGUACUGAAUCUGCUCAAUACUCCUCAGCUGACUAGCCCAAGGCCUCAUUUGAGUGUUGAAAACACACUACAUUUGGGCCUUCCACUAUCCAGUGGGAGGACUAGGACACCUUUAAAUAUUAGAAUUCCACAACCAGGUCUCGAGUCUCUUACUAGUGAUGAGAGUUUCAUUAUUCAAGGUGAAGCUUUAAAUCAUUCAGUCAACAAGGGAUUCAAUCCGUCAAGGGGUCGGAGUAAGGUUGCCUUACCUGAAAUUGGUAUGAGUAAGCGUCUAGGAAGGUCACAGCUAGAUGGCUGGCACCAAAGUGCAGAAAUUUGUGACAAUGCUCAAAGUGCAAGGAUAAAUUUUCCAUUCUCUCUACCAACUAAGUAUAACUCUCUGGCAGAAGCUCAAGGAUACAUAUAUUUGCUAGCAAAGGAUCAGUAUGGCUGUCGAUUUUUACAAAGGAUUUUUGAUGAGGGUACCCCAAAAGAUGUGCAAAUAGUAUUUAAUGAGAUCAUCAACUAUGUAGUUGAACUUAUGGUGAACCCAUUUGGGAAUUACCUUAUGCAGAAGUUGUUGGAUGUCUGUAAUGAAGAACAGAGAUUGCAGAUCCUGCUUAUGGUAACUGCAGAACCAGGGCAGCUUGUUAGAAUCUCUUUAAACCCUCAUGGCACUCGCGUGGUACAGAAGCUGAUUGAGACUCUCAAAACAAGGCAGCAGAUUUCACUGGUUAUAUCAGCCCUUGAACCAGGGUUUCUUGCUCUCAUCAAGGACCUGAAUGGAAAUCAUGUGAUCCAGCGUUGCUUGCAAUGCCUUAGUCAUGAAGAUAACAAGUUUAUAUUUGUUGCUGCUGCAAAGUAUUGUGUUGACAUUGCAAUUCAUCAACAUGGAUGUUGUGUUUUGCAAAGAUGCAUCAGUCAUUCAAUUGGGGAGCAUCGAGAGAACUUGGUCUCAGAAAUUUCUGCCAAUGGACUUCUGCUUUCUCAAGAUGCUUAUGGAAAUUAUGUCAUUCAGUUCAUCUUGGAGUUGAGAAUCCCUUCUGCCACCUCAAAUUUAAUCUCUCAAUUUGAAGGGAACUAUGUACACCUCUCAAAGCAAAAGUUUGGCAGCCAUGUGGUUGAAAAAUGUCUUAUGGUUUUUAAUAAUGAAUGCCAAUCAAGACUUAUUCAUGAAUUGCUAUCUGUUCCUCAAUUUGAACGGUUGCUUCAAGACCCACAUGCUAACUAUGUUGUUCAAACAGCUCUUCGAGUUUCUGAGGGUCCUAUCCAUAAUGCAUUGGUAGAAGCAAUCGAGUCCCACAAAGCAAUUUCACGCAACAGCCCGUAUUCUAAGAGGAUUUUCUCGCAGAAGCUUUUGAAGAAGUGAUGUACAUUCUUCUCUUUUUGGUUUGAAUUAGUGUUGUUAUACACCAUUACUAGCAUGUUAACUACCACUAUCAUUGCAAUCAUCAGAAAUUCUAACUGUAAAUUCUGAAGCUGGUAGCCAGUCAGAGUUUGUCUUCUCAGGGCUGCAUAAAAUAUCCUCCACGUGCUCAGCAGAGUAAGGAAGAUAAAGCAAUUUUGCUUCCAGUUUAAUUCUGGACAUAAUGUAUUAUUCUGUUGUGUUGUUGAUCUUUGUGUUGGAUAUUAUUAUUCUGUUUAUUGUGGAAAUUUCACUGUAUUUACUAUUUAGUGUAUAGAAUGUUAGGAUUUGGCUGCUGAUACUGUACAAUAUAAUGCGGAUGCUUUUUCAAUUAUUUUACUGCAAAAUGUUUAUGGCUUUAUGCAUGUGAA